AUGGAGAAAAGAAAACAUACAAGGCUACGUCGUGUAGUACCUUCGAGCAAUAGAUUCAACUUCACCUUUGGCAGGAGCGUGCUGGCUUACCACAACUGGGUCAGACAAGUCGACAUCAAUAAUGUUGCAAGAAUUCUAAAAGAAGAGCGCCCUUCUUUGCUUGCUCAGAUCAGCCAAAACGAUGCAACCACACCACCAAUGCAUGCGGGACAAACGUUCAGUGUCGAUGCGAUUGUCCGUGUCAUGCUUUCUCAGUCAAGCACGAACGAAGGAGCAUUGGAUGCCCAACAAUGCAUGAUCCAUGCUUAUCCUUAUAUGGUUAAUGGAGUCAAAGUCAUUGGCACAAUACCGAACUAUCAUCUGAUGCGUGUCCAAAGUGCUAAGAAGCUUGAAAUGGUGCUCACGAGAGCUGGGCUUCAGGAGAAGAAAGCCAAAUACAUCAAGCGGUGUCUGGACGAAAUCUACUGCCACAAUGUCUCCCUGAUUAGCCCUGGAGAAGUAGUUUACAGAUUCAACGAUCCAAACGCAUCCGACUUUGUGCCCGGUCUGCUUUCGGUGGACUACAUCAGCGAAAUAUAUGCGACCAAGGGAAAGCAAGCAGUAUUUGAUUGCCUGGUCCGAUUUAUGAUGAUUGGCAUCAAGUCUGCAUUCUGCAUUAUGGCUUUUCGCAUGAAUAUACCGGUGUUUGCUGUCGACACACACGUUGCUGGUAUGGUCAAGCUCCUGGGCUGGGUGCCUCAAGACGCAACGGAAGAUGAGAUGUGCUCUCACCUGGACUUUAUGAUCGAGGAUGACGACAAAAAAGUCGAUCUUCAUCAGGACUUUUGGCGCCAUCGUCGUGCCUGUGACAGGUGUGGUGGCCGGAGCCUGCCAGGCUCUUGGAAUUACGAGAAUGCCAUUUGUCCGCUUGAGCAUCUCAUUACUCGUCCAGUGCCCCGGAGAUCGCUUGAGCGCCCAUCUAAAGGAAGCCCGCAGCGCCCACGCACACCUACCGUCAAGAAGGUGGACGAGGAUGCGCUCAGAGGUCAGGGCAUGAUCGAGGUCACUUACCUGGUCGACGAUGACUUUGAUGCGCUAACUAGUGCAAUCGUCAUGAGGACUGCUUGGAUUGACGACUACAGUAUGCUCGAGGCGGACGUUCAGAUGAUGGGAGAAGAAGUCGAAGAAGUCGAAGAAGUCGAGAUGCAAAGCCAAGCGACCGAAGUCUCUUGA